AUGGACCCGACAGCUCGGAACGAACAGCUGUUGGACAGGCGAUCGCAGCUCACCGAAGGACUCUCCAGCCUGCCCUAUGACUUGAUACUUUACCUCGACCGUGCCGUAAUCUACUCGGAUCUAGCGUAUCCGGACCUCGCAGCUGGCGAUGCCUAUCGUGCACUUCUGCUUUCUGAUGAGGUUCUCAAUGAGGGUUUCGAGUAUCACGAACAGGCCUUGGAGUCUCUGCAGAUGCACACGGCAGUUCCCAUUCCAGAUGUUCUCGUCCAUGGCAACCUGCCCCAGGAUGACCUUCAACCCAACGACCUUGGCUCAGAGAUAGAAGACGAGUCGGUUAAACGUUUAGCCAUACUGGCUCAGGUUCGUGCGUAUCAAAUCUUGUCACUGAACCUCUUGCUCUGCGGAUCACUCCAGAGUGCUGCCAGCUUCUGUCAGCGUGGUCUUCAACUAUCACCAUCGAAUCAAGAACUUCUCGAUACUAAGAGCAACAUCGUAACCGUUGCCCGUCGAAGACUUCGCCGCGAUGAUAUCGACAUCGAUUACCCUAACCUUCCCGAGCAAGGUCUUGUCCGUCGCGAGGUCUAUCCCUGGAAUGAGCAUGAACCUGACCGCUUCGCUCCGGAAUCAUUGGCGGAGCUGAACGAGCACCUGAGCGUUAUGGCACCUAAAUGUGCUGUCGAAGUUGCUACCUUACCUGUACUAUUAGAAGGGGCUAGUAGCACUGAUGACUACGAAAUCAUCCCCACUUGCAAGCAGCUAGGCGUAUUUGCUAAAGAGGAUAUCGCUGCUGGUGAGGCCGUACUUAGGGAAUACUCACUCCUUACCGCCAACAACCGCUUAAAGGACUCGGUCUGCGAUGCUUGUAGUUCCGAAUUACCUCCACUGGGCAGUGAGAAUGAGCCUGUCAACUGCCCAGAAUGCUACGACACAGUGUUCUGUACCCAAUACUGUUUUGAGCAGGCCAUGGAGCGAUAUCACCCAGCAGUUUGCGAUAAAGACGUCGAUGCGAUUGCUAAAGACCCUGACGCAUUUGAAGCGGACCACACGCUCUAUCUCCUGCUGCUGUCCCGUAUCCUAGCCAUAGCAGCACAUGAGGAGGUGAACCCCCUAGAUGUUCGCGAGGUCAAGUAUAUCUGGGGUGAUUUUGUUCCAACUCGAACCAACGAAAUCAACGCCUCACCAAACGCCGGCCCACCUCCUGAGUGGACGCUUCCCUUCUCCUUCAAAUACAACAUCGAAACGCCACUCCACGUUCUCGAGAAAAUGGACAUAGACAUCUACGACACACUGGCUGAAUGCGACCUUUGGGUGCUCAACACAUUAUACGCCAAAUUUCGCGGUACCGCAUCCGCUCGUAAAAGUCAUCGAGACGGUCGCCCUGAUGUUGCCGCUGUGCACCCCUAUUGGUGUCUCGCAAACCACGACUGCGACCCCAACGUCACAUGGGAAUGGGGUGGCCGUAUGGUCCUCGAAGCCAGAAAAGAGCGAGUUGUGGGUGGUCGACCAGGGGGUAUCAAGAAAGGUGAAGAAAUUCUCAACCACUACUGCGAUGUCGACCUCCCCGUGCAACAGCGGCGAGAGUGGGCGAGAGGAAGUUUGGGCGGCUGGUGUAUGUGUAAGCGAUGUCGCGAUGAGGCUGCAGCUGGAGAGAAAGAGCAGGCCUAA